AAAAGUUUAAUGACACAUGAGAUGUUAAAACCGCAAGAAUUUCAAUGUUUACUUUUUGGUAAGUUAUCAUUCCAUCUGUGUAGACGAUUUUCGUUCUAGACCACAACCACCCAACGUUUUCUUCCGAAAUUCCUUUCUCUCGCAAAUUCGCCUUUCUUCGUACUACAAUUUGCACGCUACACUAGCAUCGAAAUGAAAACCCGUGCCCUCCUUCGCGCCUUCUUGUUAUUCCAGACGCUCCUCAUCAAAUGCCACCGAAAGUCCACCAACAAUUUUGAUGAGAUUUUCCAACCAAUAACCCAAUUCGCAGCGUCACACUUUCGGCCAUCAGAAUUCAAAAAGCGUCCCUCGAAUAUAAAACCGCCGACCUUCCCCACGCGCACAUUAUUUGCAAACGACCGCUCCGCCGCCACACAUGGCCGUUCCCGAAAAAUGAACAUCCACCACGUCCUCGUCCUGCUGGCCCUGGUUAGCGAACGCGUCUGCGAAGUGCUCCACCACGAAGACAGUGUCGUCAAGGUGAAGGAGGAACCGGGGCCCGGCGGGCUAUGGCAGACCAGGGUCCAGUGGAAGGCGCACUGGGUCAAGCACUGGGAGGCGCGAAAAAUCUGGAUCCCCAUGUGGCGAAAAGUGUGGGGGCCGCUGCAAGUCAAGGAGUGGAUCCCGUUCCCAAAGACGCCGCCCCCGACGCCGCCGCCGCCCGCCUGGACGCCACCGCCUCGCUGAACACUGCCAUCUUCCACGACAUCUC